UCUAAGUAGUCUUCUUUUGCAGCCAACUGCUACAUGGUGCAGCAAAUUGGGCUCGCCUCAAGAACCAACGUGCGUUUAGUUCAACAGGCAAGGUUUUUGUUUUAUACUGUGAAGUUUUUGGAAAUAGUUGUGGUUUCGAUUAGUUUGCAGUGAUCAAAGAAACGCAUCGGCUUGGAUACAUCGUUUUGCAGACAAAACGGCCACUUUUGAAAGAAGGAAACAGUGUUCCAACGUUUUCUGCCUCUCUGCUCAGCAAACACUUGCCCAAUGAAUGUUAAUGUUGAAGAAUCGAUUUAGUUGUACUAUUCGAGAGGGUGGAAAAGCUACAGGAGCCACUUUGGGUCCGCAGGCUCUUGGCAAGUGCUGAAGACGGCAGAAAACUUGGCCCCUCGUUUCCAAAACGGAAGAAACAUCACUUUGAACAGUCGUGGAGAGCUAGCAGGGGGGGGAGAGAAAAAGAGACCCCCGUGUGCAUGCGGUCAUGUGUGCGAAAGAGUGAGAGAGUGAAAGCAAGAGAGCGUUAUCGACCUGGUGCCAGAAAGUGACAGUAGAUGUGCAAAGAAGAGAGCGAAUCGACUGACAAGGCUGCUGUGAUUCGGGAAUAAUUUCUGUGACAUCAGGUAGACACGAGCGCAUGUGUGCUUGAGCGGUGCUGGAUUACAGCAGCAGCAGCAGAAGCAGCAGCAGCAAAAGUAGCAGCAGCAACUUUUUCCCUCCCCCUCCCACUGCGUUAGGUCCGCGUCAGCGGAUGUCGUGCGAAAGUUGUUUCGAUUGAUAAAUUUUCCUUGCGCAAGAGCAGCAGCAGCAGCUUUCCAGGGGAUGUGUAACAAGUUGUGAGAAGCUGCACGAUCCUACCGGGAAAAAGCGAACCUGUCUGCGUGGCGGGCACGUGAGAAGAAAGGUGAAAUCAAAUUAAUGCUGGUUUCCCGGCAGCAGCAUCCCAUCGAUAUCAAACCAGUGCCAGUCGCUGUGUGAAAGCAGGCUACAGCUGUGAAGCGCCAAGUGCGAAUAGUGUGAAUGUGUAGUAAGUGGUUGCUGGGCUAACUUGUCGUUUUUCGUUCCGUGUUAGAACAGUGAGAAAAAAAAAAUACAAAUUGAAAUUGAAAUUCAACCCGAAACAUCGAGUGCACAGCGAACAUUGCUAGAAUCGAAGGAAAACCGACGAAAGGGUAGAUAGAACGCGCUAGCCACCGUUGCUACUGGAGCAUAGAGUGCGAUAGAAAGAAACUAUGUCGAGUCAACAGAAGCAUCGAAUUCAAGUUCCGGACGGACUGCGGGACGUCCUGCUGGAGUUUUCGAUAGCCUAUCUCCUCGAGCAGCCGGGCGAUGUGAUCGACUACGCGGUGACAUUCUUCACAAAGCUGCAGGAGGACCGCAAAACAACGAUGAUCACGUCAGCCGAGCCCACCUCCCCGGACGAGAGCAUAAUGUCCCACGACGAAGAGCCUAUGGUGAACCGGUACGCGUCGCGCAGGAAAUCCGUUUUCGCCGAAACGUACGAUCCUGAGAAUGACGACGAGGACGAGGGUGCGCGGGCCAUCUUCCCCAAAACGGACGAGCAGCGAGCCCGGUUGUGUGAUUCAGUCAAAAAUAUUCUCCUUUUCCGAUCGCUGGACAAAGAACAGAUGAACGAAGUUCUAGACGCCAUGUUCGAAAAGAUUGUCCAAGCAAAGGAUUACAUUAUCAAGCAGGGCGAUGAUGGAGAUAACUUUUACGUCAUUGAGUCUGGAAUCUACAAUGCUUACGUGGGCGAAGAUCAGAAGCACAUACACACCUACGACAACAGGGGUAGCUUCGGCGAGCUGGCUCUUUUGUACAACAUGCCAAGAGCGGCCACCAUUCAGGCGGAAACGGAUGGCAAACUGUGGGCGAUGGAUCGUCAAACAUUCCGAAGAAUUCUGCUGAAGUCCGCGUUCAGGAAACGGAAAAUGUACGAAGCCCUGCUGGAUGCUGUGCCGAUGCUGAAAACGUUGCAGAACUACGAACGGAUGAAUCUGGCCGAUGCUCUGAUACCUCAAACAUACGCCAAGGGCGACCGAAUUAUCAAACAAGGUGAUGCUGCCGACGGCAUGUACUUCAUCGAAGACGGCAAGGUGUCCAUCCGCAUUCAGCAGGAUGCGGGUGAGGUAGAAAUAUCCAAUCUAGAGAAGGGAGGCUACUUUGGCGAGCUUGCCCUUGUGACACAUAGGCCACGAGCUGCUUCCGCCUAUGCCGUUGACAACGUGAAAGUGGCAUUCUUGGACGUUGACGCCUUCGAACGUCUGCUUGGACCGUGCAUGAACAUCAUGAAGCGCAACAUCGGUGACUACGAGACGCAGCUGGUUAAAAUCUUUGGCAGCAAAAACAACAUUACCGACAUCCGAUAAGGCGUUCGGCAUGUGCCCAAAUGUUUGAUUUCAUGUGCAAUGAACGACGACGUAUGGACGGAGCGAUACACCUUCGACGUAGACCGUACAGAAACCAGUCAUUAAGGAACACCUAGGAUCGCCAUCAUCUUGAAUAUGAAAACUCCUUCGCUUCCCCGGUUUUUACUCCCAAGCGAUACAAGGAAUUAAUAGAACGAAAGAAUGAAAGAUACAGCUGCUACCAAUAAUAACAAUGGCACAUCUAAAAGUGUUAUCAACAGGAGGAUAUAGAUACACCAGGGGAGUGAAGUAAAGAAAAUAGUGAGGGAAAAUAAACACUCAAAGUGAACCUGCCUGUCUGCUUAAUCCAAAUUGUAGUACCGUACGAGCAGCAUUUCGUAGAUAUUGAUACUUGAUACUGAUUUUAUUUAAACCAAAUUAGCUGCCCCGCUCGUGAUCGUUAAGCACAAAAGAAACAGGAAUCAUCGAUAGUCGAAUCCGCAGGAAUUCAAUUGUUGCAAGCAAAAAUCAGAAAACUAUCGAUAUUCAUACAUGGGAUGAUUACUGAUUAACCAGCCCAACCACGCACCGGACUUGAAGAUAAAAUAAUAAAAAUAAUAAUAAUAAUAAAAUGGUAGAGUAGGACAUAUUUUGUGUGCUAAAAAUGAUGGUACAGAGCAAGAAUAUCAUUAUCUAUGAGGAUUACAAAUCACCACCGCUGCCGAACGCAUCAGACACCCUUAUAGCAAACGAAUGGGGAGUAAAAAUCUUCAGAAACACAACCGAACGACGGUCGAGGGUGUAAUGACGGUAGUACGGAAAAAUGUGUCGGAAUAAUUGUGGAUUGUGGAAAGCGAGUAAAAGUUGUACUAUAGCUACCCAUGCUAUAAUUCAUAUCGAAAUCCUGCGCAAAAUUGGACAGUAUAAUGUAGCUGAUAAGUUGUGCACUAAAGCAAGCAAAGUAGGAUUUACAAUAAUAUAUAAUUAUCUAUAAAUAGGUUUAAUGCGCUCAUCCGUUUCUUCGGUUAUCUACCGUGGGUAUCCAUCGAGUGGUUGAUUUAAGUGUUGAAGGAGGUUAAAGAAAAUGUUAUCAGCAAUGAGUUUGAAACCAAUAACGACAGCGAUAAGAAGUUGCAUUAGCCGAACUUGUAUUAAGAGCCGUAGUGCGUUGCAUUGUUUGAUCUUAGUUUGUAGGUGUUUUUAUCUGUUUCGAUUUCCUAAUUUAUUAACUUCCGUUUUUUUGUUAUACAUGCUCUAUUCCACCUAAACGGAGUAGGAAAAAAGCACAUAGAUUCAAGGUGAAACAAUGGUAUGAGUGUGUAUGGAAAACCCCACUACAGAGGUAUUAUUUAAAGUCGGAAUAAAUUGUAUGGGCAGGGCUGGAAUGAAGCAGAAAGGGAAAAUAGUAAAAUGAAAGCGGUGUAAUCGUUCAACAAUAUUUUGCUAGACCAUUGGAGCUGCACGAGUGAUAUCGUCGUGAGUCGCAGAAGUGAAGUCUGUUGAGCCCAUCGGUUGGUUCCAGGAUGACAACAAAAACCCAACAGCAAGAACCAGUGCGAUCAGAGAAAUUGCCAUAAUAAUCGAUUGAAGUAGUUAGUAAGCAGUGAGUGGAAAGUUUAAAACGAAAAACAGUAUCAAACAUGAAUAUAUUAUAGACCCAAGGCGCAUAAAACAACUUAAAAAAAACAGAACAAAACCUUUUGAACAUAAAUAUAGUUUUGCAUAGCCCAUUGCAAUGCGAAACUGCUGCUGCAACUGACGUUGAACGAAGAAGAGAAAGCAGAAUAGUAAUAAAUACAACAAGAUAUAUACUUAUAUAUAUAAAGAGAUACUACAGCAUGCGUCUAUGGAGUUGAAGGAAGGUUGGACAGACUGAGUGUGAAAGCAUUUUUGGAGAAACGUCGGCAGAGAAGCACAAUCCGUACUCGUAACAUCGGAAAAAUUAAAUUUAAAAAGCAUGUUGCGAGAGUAGCACAGACAAAAAAUCAAAUGUGUUCCUUCCCCACUGCUCAGCAUACAUAUGUUGGGUGGUAGAGCAAAAGUCCUGCAAAAUAAAAUCCCCACUGCUAUCCUAGAGCUAUAAUUCCUCUGCAUUCGAUCAUUGCAUCACAGUGUUGGACGAGAGGACAUUGAUGCAGUGUGGAAACCGUGUGCUUUAGUUUUUGUUUUGCCUGCGUGGUUUUCUACACUAUCGCAAGCCGGGCUCAGCACCAGUUGCGAAAAGAUAUGACACGUAUGCAUAUUUGAACGGAUCAUCCUGAUAUUAGUAUUUUUAUGUAUAUGUGCAUUAACUAGUGGAAAGAAAAGCGCCAGAACAAGAAAAAAACUCAUUCAUAUGAAACAUAAGCGCAAAAAAACAAAUUUGGCCAUGCUGUCCUGAAUAUUGUCAACAGUAUUUGGAAGAAUCUCGCCGUGCGCCAAAGUGAUUCAUCUAAUAUCAAUGUAUCAAGGGCGUAGCUAGUUUGCACCUGGAAAACACACACUGUAUCGAGCCCUCCCUAGGAGGCAUCCUAGAACCCGGCCACCCGCCCUACCUAUCGCUUUGAACGGUUUCAAGUAGCGGAAACAGACAACAAAAACACAGAAAAGUCCCGUAAACCAAGGCAACAUCAAGGAAGACGUGGUUCGCUGGGUUGGACCAAAGGGCGACUAUUCAAGAGACGGUCCAUAUAUCUGCUGGAGUUUUGAGUUGUAUUUUGCAUGUUUUCACCACGUUCAACAUAUCAAGAUAGCGUUUGUACCGAUGCAUGCCACAACAAGAUGGGAAAUCUAGCGGUCGUUUGAUAUCUGUGUAAACAAGAUUUUGUAGUGAUACUUGCUAUCGGUUCUGGUAGAAUACAUCGGCUUCGUUACUCGUUGCGAGCGUGAUGUUAAAAGAAGUGGCCAUAGUUGAAGCGCAUAGCGAGCAAGUAUGGUCCCUCGUUGUACAUUCUGUUGCUGGUGAACGGCCGGCGUUAUCGUGAAAGGCCCGUGCAGGCUUUUUCAACCAGAAAUCCGUUCUUACAACUACGAUCUUUCAUAGUUUUUGUGGGUCGUAGCAUUCUUUGGCUGGACCUGACGAAGCCUACCUUGAUACACGCUCGCCUAACUGAACACACUUACUGAUUGUCUCCCUGUACUCUACACAAUACCGCGCCUGAAACUAUCCGUAAUACCUCUCUGUCAAAGAAGAAAACAUAAGCAACAAAGAAAAAAAAUAUUCGCCGUCUUGAGGAAACAAAACAUUACGCGCAGUCAGGAAUGCCGGGGGACACAAAGAAUCGUAUUUCUAUAAACGUAGGCAGAAAGAGGAAUGCUUGCUGACGCAAGGAAACAAAUAAUGAAAAUCGUUGACAUCUUAAAUGUGCCCUUUUAUCCAACAGAGAUUUACAUAUAAAUGAGCAAAUGCAGAAAACAAAAUAACCUUACACUUAAUUAGUCACACGGCUAGAGCUACACAGACCGGCAAGCGCUAAUGCUCAUCCAGCAGCACGUUUCACGGUGUGUUGGAGCAGUUCUUAAGCGAGAAAGAAAAUUUAAUCCAAGCUGGUAGCAACGCUAAGCUCCGAAGCUGGUGGUAGCAAACACAAAAAUCUAUCUGGCGGAAUAGAAAGAUAUUUUCGAUCGUCUACACUUCUUGUUAUAUUUUCGUUCAUUUCAUAGGUAUAUGAAGAGCUUAUACGAAGUGGUAAGAUCACUGGCCGCAAAAGACCGUAAGUGGCACCAGGCGGACAGCGGACGGCAUGUAAUACAAUCGUAACGGAUAAAAUUAGAUAAAAUGUGCAACACUCUCUCGUACCCCAAAUCCCCUCGCGCCCAUAUACAGACACAGGAAAAAUCAUAAACAGGCAAAUCAAAAGGAGUAAUUUUAUUGUAUUUCAAAGGAUGCGUUUACAUAUGUGGAUCGUUGAAAAUUAUGAAAAGCAAAGCUUAAAAGAAGAAACCAGUCGAGUAUAAUACGCUAGGAUGCACAUUUCGGAAAUCUGUAAGUUAAGCUUGAAAGCAAGACCGCCAACUUGUUACUCUCCGUUAGCGUGAUUAAUUUACUAUGCACGUGUGACGAUUUAGAGUCCUUCGGGAGCCAACAGUUAGUCGUCCAUUGCAACUGGAAUGAUUUGAAAUAACAAAAGUAGUGCGCUGACGGUCGGGAAAAUAAAUGAGAUCCUAGAGUUCAGCUUUCUUUUCCUUGAUGAAGUGCGUGAAGUUCUUCCUUAACACGCCACAUGGUUUGAGACACUAGUUGACGCAUGCUGUAUCAACACUUGUUUAACAGAUGGCGAGUAAAUCUUUAGCGUAGCCUUUCGACGUACGUCGUGUACUCCACAGAAAAUGCUGGCCAUUUUCAUUUUAAGAGUUGUUUAUUUAAUAAUAAUUUUAUCAUACAUUAAUCAACCGGAAUGUUGGUUCGUGACGCUGUAGCAAGGGAUAAAAUAAAUGGUUAAAAGCACCUUUAUUUAACAAUCUGCAACGUUCGUAGCCUCGGUAUGUUUUCUUCUUACGUCUCGUUUCUUAUGGCACCUUGUAAAGGAAGAACGGUUCAUAUAGUAAACAUAUUGCAUGCAGUGGACAUUUGGCAACGUUAAUUUGUUUGCAAAAAUAUCACGUACUGAUCAACUGUAUUUUUUUAGAUGAAUAAAAUAUAUAUAAAAAAAUAGUUCACAAUAUCAUGUGCGUGGAAAGCCGAUUGAAUUUAUUCACAAUGAAAAAGUAUAAUAGAAUUGCGAAUACUUGAAAACUCGUUUAUCUAAAAACUAUGUUCAAUUUCUUGCCAGAGUUUUUGUUUAGAAAAUAUUAUCAAAUUUAUGCUUACUGUUGUUAUCUUCGAAAACUAUUUCCCCCACACACUUCUAGAACCCCUAUAUAACAUGCAAUCCCUAAUGGACGAUCAUGAACUGUGUAAUGGCCGAAUGCUUCCCUGUGUGCAUAAAUACAACCCAAUGUAACAAUUUAAGCCAUUUGGAAAAAAAGUAAUGGCUUGUGUAGAAUGUCCUGUUUUUUUCUUUCAAAUUUUUCCCUUACAAAUCAAAACAUGAAACCAGUGUAGGAAACUGUCGAUUAAAACUCGGUUUAGUACUGUUUUUAUUUGAUCGUUUCGUUCGUAGCUUUAAAGGCAAGAGAAAUUAAUGAAAACAACAAACUAUGCGUAACAAAGAACAAACAAAACCCAGAUGAAAAAAAAGAAUUAACAAAACCAACAUGUUGCUGUCUCGUUAUUGAAGGUGUCGUAUUUAAAAAUAAAAAGGAAAUAAAAUGAAAGUAGUAAUAAAUCAUACGCCAAUGUGUAC